AUGAGGAAUAGCGCACCACUCCGAGAGUUGCAUGUUGCCUUAGUUGGAAUGGCUGGUUCCGGGAAAUCAGCAGUUGCAGUGAAAUACAUAACAAAACGUUUCAUCGGAGAAUAUGAUUCAACUCUAGAGGACAAUUACUGUAGACAAGAAACUGUUGGGGGCCAAUGUCUAAUGGUUUGGAUGAUGGAUACUGUGGAAAGUGCCACGAAAGAUGAAAUGAGAUGGAUCGCAUGGGCAGAUGUGUAUGUGGUGAUUUAUGAUGUCACAAGUCAACUCAGUUUUCAAUACGCAGAAGGUAUUCUGGAAAGAAUUUCACGUCAUGAGCAUGUUUUGUGUCCUCGGGAACAUAGAACUUUGCUGGUAGGAAACAAGAGUGAUUUGGAGAGGUACCGGCAAGUAUCGGAGACAGAAGGCGAGCGCCUCGCAUCUCAACACAAGACCUAUUUUGCUGAAUGUUCGGCUGCAAGCGAUCUGCGUCAAUUCACCCAAAGUCUCCAUUCAAUUUUUCAGAACAUAAUAUCUGGUGCUCGUAGUCCAUCGCCUCGACAGUGCUCGUCUGAUUCGGAAAUCAUCACACCCAGAAAAGGUGCGUUCUCUUCACUUCGAUCAUCUUCUCGCUCUUCGCAAGUUCGCGCCAAGGCAUCCACAACAAAAGCACCGGCUCCACUUCACAAAACACCAUCACUCAGCAAAUUGAAAACAGGCAGCAAACUGCUCAAGCUUUUUCAUUUAAUGAAAGUUCCAAAAAGAAAAAGCAUCAGUAGUUUGGACGCUUUGCUAAAAGCAACUGCAACAGGAAAUGAACAGGCUAACACAAUUGACAAAGCGUUGAAUACGCCAACAGACAGAAUCAUGAAAGCCACGCUCGAAUUCGAAAAAGUACAUACAAUCAAAGCUAGCGAUUCGAGCGAAGUCGAAAAAUACACCGUCUUGAAAGCAACAGUUGAAGAUGAGAUGGAAGCCGCGUUAAAACUGAAAAGGCUUGGAAUCACUCCUCUUGUUCGGCGAUGUCAUGUGGAACCGAUUCCACCAGCUUAUUUUAAGUGCAGAAAGAUCUUCAAAAAAACUCAGUGA